CUCUACCAGUUGCAGUACCUGCCAGUAGUGACUGAACUUCCGUUGUGAGACUCGUAAACCAGUGAAUGUCCGAAUUCUGGCUGUCAAACUUUGUGUUUAUGUAGUGUCUUGUGAAUUACAGUGCAGAAAAAUCGAUUUGUAUCGAUCAGUUUAUUUGUAAAUAGAUCUGUGGUGAGAGUUGGUGCCUUAAAAUGAACAAGAAGUGCGCUCGGUGUGAAAAAACUGUGUACCCUAUAGAAGAACUCAAGUGUUUGGAUAAGCCAUGUACCAAAGGCAAAGGCGACGACGAUGGCGGACACACCCGAGUUAAAACGCAUCCAAGAGAACACAAAAUUGCAAUCCAAUGUAAAAUAUCAUGCCGAAUUUGAGAAGGCCAAGGGGAAAUUCACGCAGGUUGCAGAUGAUCCCGAAACCUUAAGAAUUAAGCAAAACUCCAAGAUUAUCAGUAAUGUUGCAUAUCAUGGGGAUUUGGAAAAGAAAGCUGUAAUGGAGCAGAAGAGAGUUUUAACUGGGGAAAACGGUGAAGCUCAAAAUGAUGAUGCUGGUGGCUCUGUCGCUGAAUAUUCUAAUCAUGCCAAUCAACGUGAAGAACCUGCUCCCAUCCCACACACACAGUACUCACAACCUCCUCCACAACAGCAACAACAGCAACCACCACAACAACAGCAACCACCACAACAACAGCAACAUCAGCAACAUCAGCAACAGCCUGCCUACCAUGCUCCACCAUCACAGCCACCACACCAUGUGACACAAAUGAGCAGUGGCUAUGGCCAUGUUCCUCCACCACAUCAGCCAGGAAAAAUAGCUGAUUAUGACCCAUUAAGUGGUGCACCACGCAAUUCUCCCUAUUCAGCAAGACAAGCCUCAACUCUCAUUUAUUCGUCAGGCCGGGGUGCAGUGACAAGCCAGCCUAGCCGACGUAUUGGUUCAGUUGCUGAUCUUGAUCCUGUAAAUGACUUUUAUGGGUCAGUUGCAACAGACUACAGAUCUAGCAACAAUAAUGCAAACCAUAAUAAUAAUCACGCUGCAUCAAGUGGUUAUCCGCAAACUCGACAUCAAGCACCUGUUCAACAGCAGUAUUAUCAGGCUCCACCUCAGCAAUACCAGCCUCCACCGAGUCGCUCUGGAAGAGUGUAUCGUGCUAUGUAUGAUUAUGAAGCUCAAGAUCGAGAUGAAGUCUCAUUUCGUGAUGGCGAUAUGAUUGUGAAUUGCACACCUAUUGAUGAAGGUUGGAUGACAGGAGUAGUUCAGCGCACUGGUCAGAGUGGUAUGCUACCUGCCAACUAUGUGGAAUUGGCUCACCUCUAGUUAAUCCAUGUUCAGUAUUCAUCAUAUAAAAUUGAAGUAGCAUUGUCAUUCAUUGCAAUUGAGUAAUUGUAGUUUAUCACUUUGUACUUGUCAAGAAGUGUCAAAAUCUGUUUUUUCAAAUUGCAAAGAGAGAAGUAGUUUUUCUUUCUUUUUUUUCACUUUUAUCUCCUGACGUGUCACUUUUAAUGUCUCAAAGUUUUAGCUGACAACAUUCCUUGUCUUCUUAAAUUGGAAUAUCAAUUACAGGGUCUUUAAACCGUUUUGGGGAAUACAUAACAAGGACUCUAGUAGGUCUUUUUUUUUUUUUAAGUAAAGAAAACAAUGUAUGUUACCAUAUUUUGAAUGGGGAGCGGACGGGAGGGUUCUUAUGCUUAUUAUCAGUUUUUAUUUUUUGAAUCAUCACUUGAAAGACAUUGACUAUAGAUUCAAAAUGAUUUAUUUAGUCUCAUUGAAUGAAGCUACUUCAACAAUUCAGAGUAAUUAAUUUUUAAUUUAUUGUUGAAGCAUUAUGAUAUUUUUAUGGAGAACAGUUUUUUUAGGCAAUUGUUUUUUUUUUGUGAUUUGGGCCAGUGGUUGUCAUGUUUGACUGGCUGACUUUUAUCAUAUCUUUGACUUUUAUCCCGAAUAAGAUUGGUCGUAUUGACCCUCUGUUUCCUUUUAAUGUGAUUCUGAAUUUUUAAACAAAGUUUUGAAUAGAUUAUAACUUCAAGGCAUCUAAUAUGAAUGUAGUGUGGUCAUGAUGUUAAUCACUGUUUUGCAAGGCUCAUGAAGCAGUUGCUUCUGCCUUGUUAAAGUACCAGCCUGAGUAUGUAAUUGUUGGGUGUAUGCAGAAGAAAUUUGGCAAUGCAGCAAACAGUAUUUAUGAUAAGAGACCUACUGAAAUGUUGAUUUUACAAAGUUGAAUAUCAGUCCUUUUAAUGUCUUUCAACUAUAUUUGAGUAUUCAUGUGUUUCUAUGUGUUACUAUACGGCAGCUUUGUUUCAUUUCUGUUCAAUUUGGUUAAGCUACACCAUUUUUCAAAACUGGCGAUGUUUGAGCCAAUUGUGCAUGUAUUAAAAUUAAACACCAGAUAAGGAUCAAAACAAUGAAUUCUCAUUCACUAUGUGUGUUUAUGAUAUUUUUUUUGGCCAGCUGAAAUAAGUGGAUUGAUAAAAUUAUUCAUUCAUAAAUGUAAUCCAACUGUCAAAUCUAUUAAUGUUGUUCACUGUUAGAGUGCUAUAAGUGCUCUUCUACCGUAUGAGGUUGGGACUGAGCAUUUAUGACACUCUAUGAGUGCUGAGAGUUUUAUGUUUUGUUGGAUAGGCCAGAGUUCUUGUAGACUUGGAGAAUCAAUUUUAACUCUUGUGUCCUGCACUUGAUUUCCACCUGUUUUCCUGUAUGGUUAAUUUGGCUAGUUUGCCAUGUGUACCUUGUUAGUUACAUGGAAUUAGUAUGUUUCAAAGAGCUCAUGUCUUGUCACAUGGUCUUUAGAAUUUGUUUGGAGAUUUUGUCUUUCAGACUUCAACAAUUGUCUUAUGAAAUUCAUGCUUAUUAAAACUGACACAACUUCUUUAUUUGACUCUAAUUUCAUGUUAGUCAAUAGAUUUAAGGAAUAAUGGGAAUGAAAAUUGAUUAAAAUUUUAAGUUUUGAUUUUCUUUUAGUUCAAUUGUACCUCUGUGGUCUGUAUUAACAGGGUGUUUCGUGUUUCAGAAGUCUUGCCAUUUGAAAGAUCUGUUGUCUAUCAAGUACAAUAAAUGUUGUUAUUUUUGUUCUAUAUAGACCAGAAGUUACUACAAACAUAUGUUGUUAGUUAUAUGUUGUUAAAGCAUGGAAUGGAAUUUCCCAUGUUUUGUUAUUCUGUAUCCAGAUUAUUGAAGUUAAAUCUUCUUGUAUAGGAAGAAAAAGGGUUUAAAGCUGGCUCUUUUAGAUUAAAACACUUUUUCUUAUACGUCUGUUGUAAAUAAUGACUUGCGUCAUGCGUUGUCUGCCAAACAAUUUAUUUAAUUGUAAUUUCUUCUGAAUUGUUGGAAAUAUUCAUUCAUUAACAAUAUCUAUGGAUAUUUUUCCCUGCUCAGUUGUUUCAUGUAAAACUAAUAAAAAUAAAUGUUAAAUUAA